CACACACAGAAGUUGUGUACAUGCCACGGUCAACGAUCGAUUCAAGAGUGAAACAGAGAGCGACUCAGUGAGUGAGAAUGAGUGUUCAGCCCAUAGUGAAACGCGAGUCUCCGGCGAAGGUGCUCCGGCGGGUUCUGGAGGCGCCGGGGAUUCACCAAGGCCCAGUUGUUUAUGAUGGUCUUAGUGCUAUGUUGGUAGAGAAAGCUGGGUUUCCCUACUGCUUUACUGGUGGGUUUCAUAUAGCAGCUGCUAGAUAUGGAUUGCCAGACACAGAUAUUGUCUCGUAUGGAGAAACGGUGGAUCAGGGACGACAAGUCACUGAAGCUGUUUCGAUUCCUGUAAUUGGAGAUGCUGAUGAUGGAUUCGGGAACGCGAUGAUGCUUAAAAGAAGCGUCAGGGGAUUUAUCAAAGCUGGAUUUGGUGGGGUUAUGAUUGAUGAUCAGGUAUCUGUAAAAGCAGCUGGUGAAGGACAACAGAGGAAAGUGGUGUCAAAAGAGGAGGCAGUGAUGCGGAUAAAAGCCGCCAUAGACGCACGGAGCGAGAGUGGCACCGACAUUGUGAUUGUGGGACGCACUGAUGCUCGUCUGGCGGUGUCUUUUGAGGAAGCACUCUGGAGGAUGAAAGCUUUUGCUGAUGCCGGAGCAGACGUCGUUUUUCUUGACAAUCUAUUUUCAAAAGACGAGAUGAAGGCUUUCUGUAAUGCCGUUCCCCAUGUUCCAAAACUGGUCGCCAAUAUGGGUGAAGAUGGGGGGAAACCAUUUCCCGAUCCUGAAGAAAUGGCCAGUUUUGGAUAUAAACUCGUGGCCUACCCGUUUUCCGUGCUCGGAGCAUCUAUUCUAGCCAUACAGGAUGCGCUUGCUGCCAUUAAAGGUGGCGGUGUCCCUGGUCCUGGAAAAGUGCCGUCUGUAGAAAAGUUGAAGGAAAUCUUAGGCUUCCACGUCUUUUAUGAAGAAGAGAAGCGCUAUAUUGUUUAAGCCUUAGGCUUGGACAAGACCAAAGACAGAGUCUCCAACAUAUACAUGUCAGCUUGAGCGAUUCAUCAUCGUUUGAUGUGUGAUGUGUGAUGUCGAACGAGCCUAUCCCUACUCUUUAGUGUUCUCAAGUUUGGUUUGUGAUGUCUCUUUUAAGUUCAGUUAUUUUAAAGUGUGUUGCUGGUUUACUCUUUGUUGGUUUGUUUUGUUCGUUUACUCUUUGUUGGUUUGUUAUAUUCUCCAUUGCAAUGAGAUCAAAAUAGCAUAUUCAUAAAGCUCAAAUGGUGAA